GGAGGACGCUGGUUGUCCUGGAGCCCGGGAAGCUCAAGGGCUGAGAGGGAGCCGCUGCGCGAGUCUUCCCCACUCCUUCCCGAUCCCGGAUUAGCGAACCCCGGACCACCAUGUCCCUCCGGGGAUAAAGUGGGGUCGUGGGAAAGCAGGCUGUGCUUCUCAUGCAUUGGGGCCUGCGGUGUUUGUCUCGAGCGUCCAACACCCUAGGAUCCGGGAGUCCGUCGUCACGCUCCUCGGCCUCGCGGUCGUUUGUUUGCUCGGCCUGCUGGGAGCUAUCCGGCGCUGACAGCCCCGCUCAGACUCCGGGAGCCGCUUGUGGGUCUUUCGGAAGAUAACUGAGGUUCACAGUUACCAGCCAAGAAAACUUGAAAAUGAGCAGCCGGAGGAAGCGUGCUCCUCCAGUGAGGGUAGAUGAGGAAAAAAGGCAGCAGCUUCAUUGGAAUAUGCAUGAGGACAGAAGGAAUGAACCUAUCACCAUAAGUGAUGAUGAUGAGCAGCCCUGCCCAGGUUCCGAUACCUCUUCUGCUCAUUGCAUCAUUCUAAGUGAUAGUCUGAAGGAAGAAGUGGCUCACAGAGACAAGAAGAAGUGUUCAAAAGUGGUGAGCUUCUCAAAACCAAUUGAAAAAGAAGAGACUGUUGGUAUUUUUUCCCCUUUGUCUGUAAAGUUGAAUAUUGUGAUUUCUCCCUAUCACUUUGACAAUUCCUGGAAAGCAUUUCUAGGAGAAUUAACUCUUCAGCUUCUUCCUGAGCAGAGUUUAACUGAAAAUUUUUCCGAAAGGAGUAUUACAUUGGUGAGUUCAGAGUCAAGCAAUCAGUUCCUGAUUUAUAUUCAUUCAAAAGGUGAAGAUGUAGAGAAACAAAAAAAAGAACCAAUGAGUAUUUGUGACAAGGGUAUUCUAGUGGAGUCAUCCUUCAGUGGUGAAAUGUUAGAAGAUUUGGGUUGGCUGCAAAAGAAGAGAAGAAUAAAACUUUAUCACAAACCAGAAGGAAAUCACAUUAUCAAGGUUGGAAUUUAUCUUUUGGAAGCUGGCCUAGCAAAACUAGACUUCUUGAGUGAUGCAAAUUCAAGAAUGAAAAAGUUCAAUCAGCUUAUGAAGAAAGUAAUGGAAAAGUUACACAAUUAUAUUAUUCCAGAUGUGUUGGAAGAGGAUGAAGAUGAUCCGGAGAAUGAGCCAGAGGGACAAGACAUUGACGAGCUGUAUCACUUUGUGAAACAAACACAUCAGCAAGAAACACGGUCCAUCCAAGUGGAUGUCCAGCAUCCUGCACUGAUCCCUGUGUUGAGACCCUACCAAAGAGAGGCUGUCAAUUGGAUGCUACAACAAGAGUGUUUCAGAAGCAGUCCUGCUACUGAAAGUGCCCUGCACUUCUUAUGGCGAGAGAUUGUUACAUCUGAGGGUCUGAAACUCUACUAUAAUCCAUAUACAGGCUGCAUCAUUCGUGAGUACCCAAAUUGUGGGCUGCAGUUGCUUGGUGGAAUUUUAGCAGAUGAGAUGGGUCUUGGAAAGACAGUGGAGGUUUUGGCUCUGAUUCUGACACAUACUCGACAAGAUGUCAAACAAGAUACUCUCACUCUUCCUGAGGGAAAAGUGGUGAAUUACUUUAUUCCGUCACAUUAUUUUGGAGGAAAACUGAAAGAGACAGAAAUCCAGAAUAUCGAAUUUGAACCAAAAGAAAAAGUUCAAUGCCCUCCUACACGUGUGAUGAUCCUGACAGCUGUGAAGGAAAUGAAUGGAAAAAAAGGAGUGUCCAUCCUUUCCAUCUAUAAGUAUGUCAGUUCUAUAUAUAGAUACGAUGUUCAACGGAACAGGAGUCUUUUGAAACGGAUGCUGAAAUGUUUAAUUUUUGAAGGUCUCGUGAAACAGAUCAAAGGCCAUGGUUUUUCUGGGACUUUUACAUUAGGAAAGAAUUACAAGGAGGAAGAUAUAUGUGAUAAAACAAAAAAGCAGGCAGUAGGGAGUCCAAGGAAAAUUCAGAAAGAAUCUAGAAAAUCAGGGAACAAGGACACAGAUUCUGAAUACUUGCCAUCAAACACCUCUGAUGAUGAUGACGAUCCUUACUAUUAUUAUUAUAAGGCCAGGAGAAAUCGUAGUAAAUUGAGGAAAAAGCCUAUUCCAUCCACAAAAAAGGGAAAAAGUCAACCAUUUAUCAAUCCCCAUUCACAAGGUCUCUGUCCAGCUACUAGCAACUCCGGAAUAACUGAUGUUGCUAUAUCUAAAAGUACAUGUAUCUCUGAAUUCAACCAAGAAAAUGAAACAGAGGACUGUGCUGAAUCUCUAAAUGCUGAUGUUAGUGAUGUGCCACCUUCUAAUACCAUGAGUCCCUUUAACACCUCUGAUUAUCGCUUUGAGUGCAUAUGUGGUGAACUUGAUCAGAUAGAUCGUAAGCCUCGUGUUCAGUGCCUGAAGUGUCACCUGUGGCAGCAUGCAAAGUGCGUGAAUUAUGAUGAGAAAAAUCUGAAGAUCAAGCCUUUUUAUUGCCCCCACUGCCUUGUUGCAAUGGAGCCAGUGUCAACAAGAGCAACUCUGAUCAUCUCUCCAAGUUCCAUCUGUCACCAGUGGGUGGAUGAGAUCAACAGGCAUGUGAGGUCAUCAUCUCUUCGAGUCUUGGUAUAUCAAGGAGUGAAGAAAGAUGGCUUUUUACAACCUCAUUUUUUGGCAGAACAGGAUAUAGUUAUUAUCACCUAUGAUGUACUUCGUUCAGAAUUAAAUUAUGUCGAUAUCCCACAUAGCAAUAGUGAGGAUGGGCGUCGACUACGGAACCAGAAGCGCUAUAUGGCUAUCCCGAGCCCCCUAGUAGCUGUGGAGUGGUGGAGGAUCUGCCUUGAUGAAGCUCAGAUGGUUGAAUGUCCCGCAGUAAAAGCUGCAGAAAUGGCCCAGCGUUUGAGCGGGAUUAAUCGGUGGUGUAUCAGUGGCACUCCAGUACAGAGAGGAUUAGAGGAUCUUUUUGGGUUAGUGGUCUUUCUUGGUAUUGAACCUUACUGUGUCAAACACUGGUGGGUUCGACUUCUCUAUCGGCCUUACUGCAAGAAGAAUCCUCAGCAUCUCUACAGCUUUAUUGCCAAGAUACUGUGGAGGUCUGCAAAGAAAGAUGUAAUUGACCAAAUCCAAAUACCACCACAAACUGAAGAAAUACACUGGCUCCACUUUUCUCCAGUGGAAAGGCAUUUCUAUCACCGUCAGCAUGAGGUGUGCUGCCAGGAUGCGGUGGUAAAACUCAGGAAGAUUUCUGACUGGGCUCUGAAGCUCAGCAGCCUGGACAGAAGGACUGUCACCUCUAUCCUGUAUCCAUUGCUGAGGCUCAGACAGGCCUGCUGUCACCCACAGGCUGUUCGUGGGGAGUUCUUGCCACUCCAAAAAAGCACCAUGACAAUGGAAGAGCUGCUGACAUCUCUGCAGAAGAAAUGUGGAACUGAAUGUGAAGAAGCACAUCGACAGCUAGUUUGUGCUCUCAAUGGCUUAGCAGGCAUUCAUAUUAUUAAAGGUGAGUAUGCCUUGGCAGCAGAAUUGUACAGAGAAGUGUUGCGCUCCUCGGAGGAACACAAAGGAAAACUCAAAACUGAUUCACUUCAAAGACUUCAUGCUACCCAUAACUUAAUGGAAUUGUUGAUAGCCAAGCACCCAGGGAUACCGCCUACCUUGCGUGAUGGCCGACUUGAGGAAGAGGCCAAACAGCUGCGAGAGCACUAUAUGAGCAAGUGUAAUACAGAAGUUGCUGAAGCCCAGCAAGCUUUAUAUCCUGUGCAGCAGACUAUCCAUGAGCUUCAAAGAAAGAUUCAUUCUAAUUCUCCUUGGUGGCUAAAUGUGAUCCACAGAGCAAUAGAAUUUACUAUUGAUGAGGAGCUUGUUCAGCGAGUGCGAAAUGAAAUAACCAGCAACUACAAGCAACAAACUGGCAAGCUUUCUAUGUCAGAGAAGUUCCGUGAUUGCAGAGGUCUUCAGUUCUUACUUACAACACAAAUGGAAGAGCUAAAUAAAUGCCAGAAGCUAGUAAGAGAGGCUGUAAAAAACCUGGAGGGACCUCCAUCUCGUAAUGUUAUUGAGUCUGCAACAGUCUGCCACCUCCGACCAGCCAGACUUCCUCUCAACUGCUGUGUCUUUUGUAAAGCUGAUGAAUUGUUCACAGAGUAUGAAUCAAAGCUGUUUUCCAACACAGUCAAAGGCCAGACUGCAAUAUUUGAGGAGAUGAUAGAAGAUGAAGAAGGACUCGUGGAUGAUCGAGCACCUACCACCACCCGGGGUCUCUGGGCAAUAAGUGAGACAGAGCGAUCUAUGAAAGCAAUACUAUCAUUUGCAAAAUCACAUAGGUUUGAUGUUGAAUUCGUUGAUGAAGGAAGCACUUCAAUGGAUCUCUUUGAAGCAUGGAAGAAGGAAUAUAAGUUGCUUCAUGAAUAUUGGAUGGCUCUGAGGAAUCGUGUGUCUGCUGUUGAUGAACUUGCAAUGGCUACAGAACGACUAAGAGUGCGUGAUCCUAGGGAGCCAAAGCCUAAUCCGCCUGUUCUUCAUAUCAUUGAACCACACGAGGUAGAACAAAACCGAAUAAAACUACUAAAUGAUAAAGCUGUUGCUACAUCACAGCUUCAGAAAAAACUUGGGCAGCUUCUUUACCUAACUAAUUUGGAGAAGUCUCAAGACAAAACAUCGGGAGGUAUUAAUCCAGAACCUUGUCCAAUCUGUGCUCGACAGCUGGGAAAACAGUGGGCAGUACUGACCUGUGGUCACUGUUUCUGUAAUGAAUGCAUUUCUAUAAUUAUUGAACAAUACAGCGUGGGAUCUCACAGAAGCUCCAUUAAGUGUGCAAUCUGCCGCCAGACCACAUCUCACAAAGAAAUCUCAUAUGUCUUCACCUCAGAGAAAGCAAACCAGGAGGAGGACAUCCCUGUGAAGGGCAGCCAUUCUACAAAAGUGGAAGCUGUGGUCAGAACUCUGAUGAAAAUACAGCUUAGAGAUCCAGGGGCCAAAGCACUCGUUUUCUCAACGUGGCAAGAUGUAUUAGAUAUUAUUUCAAAAGCUCUCACUGACAACAACAUGGAAUUUGCACAAAUCAGUCGGGUUAAGACAUUUCAGGAGAACCUUUCAGCAUUUAAACGUGAUCCCCAAAUCAAUAUUUUGCUGCUGCCCCUGCACACAGGUUCUAAUGGAUUAACUAUCAUUGAAGCAACUCAUGUUCUCUUGGUGGAGCCCAUAUUGAACCCUGCCCAUGAGCUUCAGGCCAUAGGGAGGGUGCACCGAAUUGGACAGACAAAACCUACUAUUGUACACAGAUUCUUAAUUAAAGCAACAAUAGAAGAAAGAAUGCAGGCGAUGCUGAAAACUGCUGAGAGGAGUCACACGAACUCAUCAGUGAAGCAUUCAGAGGCUUCCGUCUUGACCGUGGCUGACCUGGCAGACCUGUUUACCAAAGAAACUGAAGAGCUUGAAUGAACUACACUUGAUUCAUUCCAUGGACUUUAGUGUAUUAAUAAACUUUCAUAGCUGUAGAGCAAAGUUACAAGUUUUAAAAACCCAGUAGAUAACAGUUACCACUGUUCCUAGUUGAAUGAAUUUGUUUCUUGUUCUGGUUAUACAGUGGCCUAGUACUUACUGAGUCCUUUUCAAUAUACUGUUUUCAAAAGAUCUAUAAAGAUUUUUAAUUUUACACUCCUAAUAAAAUAUUUAUUUUUUGUCCCAAAUAAUAUCUAUAUCUGACAAUACAAGGGAAUUAAGAGAGGUAAUGUGUACUUUUCUUAUGAAAAGAUCAGUCAUAAAAAGAGUUGGAAUAAGAAAGUAAACUAGUCUAGUUUUAUAUGACCUGGUAUAUUCAACCAACAUAGAUCUCAGUUUUUGGAAGGGCCUUCAGUAUCUUUAGCACAUGAUUCACCAGUAUCUUGUUAGUAAUAUUUUAAGUAGAUGGUGAACUACAUUAACUCAUUUUUUGAGUAGGCUUAUACCAUAACUUUACAACUAGUAAUUUUGCAACUCCUUAGAAUAAGUUAAUGUCAGACAGUUAUUUCUUUCUUCUGCAUCUUGCUACUGAAAACAAAAACAAUGAAAAUACUCAUAUUUCUAUUAUGUGUAAAGUGGUGUUAGUGUAGACAGUUAACUCCAAAUAGAUUUUUUUAAUGUAUUAAUGAUUACCUUAAAAUUAUCUGCUUUCUCUACUCUUAAUUUUUCUUAUUGUUAAAGUUUUUAUAUGUUGUAAGAUUGAUGUAUCUGUAAAUAUUGCAGUUUUUAUGAUUUUGUUUUAUUAUAACAUGGAAAUAUGGCAGGGUUUUGUUUCAAUCAUUAUUAUACUGAUGUCUUGGAUUCUUUUCCUCUCCCAUGUUCUUGUGUAACUAGAACUUUUCAGCCAGUGAUAUCUGAAUUCAUGGUAGAGUUGUUAUUUCACUCUAGUUGUUCCUCCCUUAAGCACGAGUCUUUGACCUUUUGAACAAGAGAAUGCCAUGUUCACAUAAGCGAAUCGUUGCAAGUGGUAAUAACCAAGUGUUGUUCUUCUGUGAGGAAUUAAUGGACUUUGAAAUUGCUGAAUAAGGAGUAGCUUGUUAUAUCCUAGCCAUUUGAUGUAAUGCAAAUGUUCUUGUUUGGCUUCCUUUUCUUUGAGCCUUCAGAGUUUUAAAGGACCUUCUUUGACCCUCAGGACUUACUAGCUCCUAGUCAGCUGCCUGGAAAACUCAUAGAACCAUCCCCUGGAUCCCAUUUGUCCGAGAGGCUUUGGUGCUCAGUUAAGGUGCAUUUUCUUACUCUAGGUUUAUAGAGUGAUGUAAUUCAACUGAAGAAAACACACACAUGCUUUUGGUGCUUAUUCUUCAGUUAAAAGGAAGUAUGCAUUGAUUCUUUUAUAUGAAAUUAAAUCAAACUUAUUUUUAUAGCUCUUUACAUAUUAAAAAGAGCUUUCCUGUACAUUUACGUGCUUAAUUUGCCCAACAAUCUUGUGAAGUUGAUAUAAUUAAUAUCAUUCCUGUUUUAAAGGUAGAGAACUGAAGUUCAGAUACAUUGAAACUUUCUUAGGACAUGUAGCAAGUAAACAGUGGAGCCCAGGUACCCUGACUCCAUAUCUUACAUUCUUUUACUAAUAACAUGUCAUGCUGAGAUUCAGAAGGCCCAUGCUUAUAAUUUAAAAAUGAGACUACUUCAGUAUUUCUUUGUGUUUAUUUUCUACUAUUCCUUUCUGAGCUAUGUUUUAGAGAAAACAAUUUGAUAUGCUUCAAUUUUGUAAAAACAAAUUACAUAUAUAUAUAAAAAUUAUCUGUAUUAG